GAGCAGGCAAUCGAUCCUGCAGCAUGUCUCCUGUCAUUGCCCAUCUGCUGCUUCUCACCUGCCUGGUUUUACCACUGUAUGGAGUGGAAAAGGUGAGAAAUAGAGGCUAUCGAAAGGAUGCUGAGUUUGAGAAGUGCACUGGAAAUGAUGCAGACAAGCCAAACUGCACUAGACACUCUGAGGAAGAAAGAGCUACUUAUGUGAACAUGUAUGGCAGCUGCAUGCAGGGCCCACCUGGCACCCCUGGCAGAGAGGGCAACCCUGGGACCAAUGGCAUCCCUGGUACGCCAGGUAUUCCUGGCCGAGAUGGGGCUAAAGGGGAGAAAGGCGAAUGUGUGAGUGAGAUCUUCGAGGAGCCCUGGAGACCCAACUAUAAACAGUGUGCCUGGAAUUCUUUGAAUUAUGGGAUCGACCUGGGUAAAGUAGCAGACUGUACAUUCACCAAGCUGCGUUCAGACAGCACCCUCAGAGUCCUCUUCAGUGGCUCCCUCAGACUCAAGUGUAAGACUGCGUGCUGCCAGAGGUGGUACUUCACCUUCAAUGGCGCUGAGUGUACAGGACCUCUCCCCAUAGAGUCCAUCAUCUACCUAGACCAAGGCAGCCCUGAACUCAACUCAACCAUCAACAUCCACAGAACGUCCUCAGUGGAGGGGAUGUGUGAAGGCAUCAAGGCAGGCCUCGUGGACGUGGCCAUCUGGGUGGGGACAUGCGCUGACUAUCCGAGAGGUGACGCAUCUACAGGAUGGAACUCCGUAUCCAGGAUUGUCAUUGAAGAGCUGCCAAAGUAAAAAAUAUCCUAAGUGAAAGGGAGGAACCAGCCAUGCAACUACAGCACUAUGUCAUCUGGCCAAAAUGAUCAGGUGUGGUUCUUUGAGGCAUAACAGCGUUACUGAUGUUAACUUGAAUGUUUUUUUUUUAGUAGUAUACUAUUUGACAGGCCUGUAAACAACAGUACUGUAUCAUGCUGUCAACCAGAAACAGCAAAGUUUGUACUGUAGUCUUUCUGCUUAUGGAUACUGCUGGUAAAACCAAUCAACAAAUGUUGUGGCAAGACAUUGACAGUGCUUUAGAGUAUGCAGUAACUGUGACCUGUUUAUAUUCAUUAUUACUGUUAAUAAAU